AUGACGAGCAUGCUCGUCACCCGCAGUGAAUGUGUUAACCCAUUGAGGAAUGAACUAGUCGAAGAACUCUCCAACAAGACCAAGAAAAUGAAUGAAGCAGAAGUUCAGUUGGAAUUAAUGAAAACACAUACAGCUAACAAUCAAAUGAACAGGGAUUUAAGGGCAGAAAUGGAAGAUACGGUGAUGAAGGCAGACCUGUCUGCAGAAAUCAGACGGAAGGAUCUGGAAAUUGAAGAGCUGAGAAGACACAUAACCAGUAUGGAACACAUACUGAAGGAAAAAACAACCCUAGAAGAUCACCUGAGGAAACAAGUUGCAGAUAUGAAUAAACAACAACCCCAUGAGGUGGAAGUAACUUUAAGAGCACAGAUCAGAGACCUACAGUAUGCGGUGAAGGAUUUGACUGAGGAGAGGGCAGGGUUGGAGAAAAUAAUUGCGCAGAAGACUCUGGAGCUGGACCAGAGAGAUCUGGUAUUCAAACAACACUCGCAGAUCCUGCGAUCCAAAGACGAGCUGAUCCCGUUGAUUCAGAACAGGAAACGUUACGACGAGGAGUGCCUGGAGAAACUUCGAGGAUUUGUUUUCGAGCAUGAAAAGACUUAUUUCAACAGGGAAAUGGAUAAUCGUUUCAACAGCAACGAUCAAUAUGCAUAUGAAUCGGCAAAUGCAGUGGAUAAACCUUAUGCUUUUGAUCCAACAAUGGUGGACAAGGAGAUGUCGUUCCGCCAGGAGAAGAUGACGGAACUGUUCAAUCUGCUAGAACAGAAGCAAAUGGAGAUGAUGCGGUUGGAACGGCGGAUGCGGGAUCUUCAGGGGGCACAGGACCAGCGUGAGAAGACGGUGAGAGAACAAGCGGCUUGUAUAUCCUCCCUUCAGAAGGCGCUAGGUGCACCAAACACCAACAAGAGCAGGGGGUUUUUCUCUUUGUUAUCGGGCCAGGACUCCCUCACCUAUUGAGUUUCGCCGAAAACGCAGGAUCUUUAUUCAACAGAUGAAAAACGUUUGUUUAAAGUAAAAUUGUUUGUUUAGAUACAUGUAUGAUUAUAAUCACUAAAAUAAAAUGCAAUUAUGUUUCAAUACA